AUGAAGGAUCAUCUCGAUAUUGCCCUUACCCAAGAGCCUUACAUAGUGAAGCAUCAGGUUAAUGGCCUAAGAGAUAUCACUUGCAAAAAUUUGUUUUUACUGGGGGAUUUCAAUAUUAACAUCUUGUCCCAGGGCAGAGAAAUUGAUGAUUAUGUUCUUUUAUUGUCUUCUUUAGGGCUUGAAUCUAUAAUUUCAGAAAUUACCCGGCCAGUUUCUGGUUCUUGCAUUGACCAUAUCUUUAUGAGACUGUGUAAUAAUAAUAAAUUUUUGAUUUUUGGUGAAGUUUUGGACCUAUGUAUAACUGACCAUUUCAUGUUAAGUUUAAAAAUUGAAUAUUCGUCUGUGGUUCGAUCUAAUAAUUAUAUUUAUGAGAAUUCGUUUCAAAAAAAUGAUUCUAAUAAAUUGAGGACAGCUUUGUUGUUUGAAUUCUGGUCUGAUGUUUAUAUUGUGGAUGACACUUCGGUUGCUUAUUCGAUCUUUUAUGAUAUUCUUAUGAAACACAUUGCGAAUUGUAGUAAUAGUGUUAUGAUACGUAAUAGGGACAAAAGAUUGAAGCCGUGGAUGACAAAUGGUCUUAUUAAUUUUAUUGAGAAAAGAAAUAAAUUACGUCCAAAAGUUGAAAAGAAUCCAAAUACUGUUAAAAUUAAGAAUUCAAAAGAUAAUUACUACUUUAGUAAAUUGAAUGCAAAUAGGGGUAAUUCUAAAGUUGAAUGGCAAAUUAUGAAUUCUAUUUUAAAUAAAGAUAUGGUUUUAGAUCCUGAUAUUGUGCUUGAAGAGGAGUCUGUUAUUUUAAGUAAUCCUUCUGAAGUUUCCAACUGUUUUAAUAGUAGUGAAAUUCUUGAUCGUAAUUGGGUUUCGUCAUAUAUUAUUCCUGAAACAUAUGGCCGUGAAAGUUUCUUUUUUGAACCUUUUACGGCAUCAGAAAUUCAUAAAUUAAUAGUGGGCUUGAAAAGCUCGAACUCUAAGUCAUCAGAUUUACUUGCUUAUAUUGGUAAUUUACCUGAUCUUAAAACAGCCGUAGUUAUUCCACUUUUUAAGAAAGGUAACACUUUAGACCCAGGUAAUUACAGACCCACUUCAAUUCUUUUCCCCAUUUCGAAAUUCGGUUUUAGAAAAGGAAAAUGUACCGAGGAUGCUUUGAUGAAGUUUUGUACAGAGAUUUGUGAUGGUUUAAAUGCUGGUAAUACGUGUGCUGCAAUUUUUAUUGACAUUGCUAAGGCAUUUGACACAGUUCAACAUUCACACUUACUUCAUAAAUUAUUUAAUGCAGGCUUCAGGGGAUUUGUUUUGAAUUGGUUUGAAUCCUUUAUUUCGAAUAGAAAACAGAAGGUAAGAGUUGGUAAUUCAUACAAUGGUGUAUCUAAUGUACAUAUGGGUGUACCGCAGGGCUCGGUUCUUGGUCCAAUAUUGUUCCUUGUUUUUAUCAAUUCACUAUUGAUUCAACGUUUUAAGGGUCAUCCGACUGCUUUUGCAGAUGACACUUUGUUCUCAUACAGUUGUAGUAAUCGUUCCAGUGUAUUUAGCGAUAUGAACUAUGAUUUGGACCUAAUUAGAAGGUGGUUUUACACUCAUGGGUUUGUUAUAAGCUCAAAGACUAAAUAUAUGCUUUUUGGUCUAACUGGCAAUUUUCGUGAUAUAAUGGUUCCAACUUCUAUUGAUAACUUG